AUCACGUAUCGAUCAUCAACAACAUCACUAACAGACAGCACCAGCAGCAGCAAUAAUAACAACUUCAACAACAAAGCUUGUGCUCCUUGUUGUCCUUUGGUGUCAUAUCUGUACAAGUUGUUUACUAUCUGUAUUCUGCUGUCUUUAUCGCUGUAAAUUCAUUGUGGAUUAACGAGAACACCACGCGAGUAUGAUGAUGCAACCAGUACCGGUAAAUGUUGCACCCGAGCCUGGUGUCAUUGUUGACAAGUUAGAAGGUCAUCCCGUGCACGUAUCGGAUUCGGGUACCAUAGACGAAAAGAAAGAGUCACCUGCCGAGGAAGAGCAUGCAGAGUAUAACAUGUCGAUGCAGCAGGAGCAACGCCUCAUCCAGCAACAUUAUAUUCACAAUCCGUAUGCCCAACAUCAACAUCAGUAUCCUCCUCACAUGAUGGCUGGUAUGGUUCCACCCCAACAAGUUUACAUCCAACAGCACCAACAACAACACCACCAGCUUCCUCUGGAAUCACAGUUUCAAUCGAUGGGGCUGGGGGACACAAACGGUGGAGGAGCCGGACAGGGAGGCAACGAUAGCAGCAACAACAAUAACAGCAGCGAGGACGCCAACAAUGGUGAUAGCAGGAAUAACGUGAAUGACGGUAGCAACGAUCGAAAUGAUGAAUCAAAUGAUGGCAAUGGCGAUCGUAUUGCGAACGAAGACGGGGGUGACAGAAACGGGAACGAGGACGAACCGAUCAAGUUAUUUGUAGGACAGGUACGAAAUAGAACUUUAGCGAAAACGAGAGAGUUUGUAUGCCAGUUGAUACGAGAUACUACACAACCGACAACCUCUCCAAUGCGAUGAAAUACGUCGCAUGUAACGUAUCCUAAGUGAAUACGCAGGUCAACAUUUAUUGUUUAUGCCACGAGAUGCGAUCCGACGGAAUUCAAUCUCUAUGCUGAUUAUCACAAUGAUGCAGUGGAUGUAGGGUGGAGAGUUUGUUCGCUGGGUAACACAACAACACGUGUGUACUAUGCGGAAACAAACCAAUAUAUCGAAUAAUCUUCUUUGUGACGCUCGUCAAAAUAUGGCUUUCCAUGGACACAUAUUUCAACCGCUUUCUGUAUAUUCCCAAUAAUGCGGGUCUCAUUAUCCCAAUGCUAACCAACUCCAAACUUUGUUGUUUUUCGUAUAUCCUUUAGGUUCCCAAGACGAUGAACGAGGAGGACAUUUUCCCGACCUUUAAUGACUUUGGACCGCUAAAAGAUGUUUCGAUCAUUCGUGAUAAGCAUACGCAGUUGCAUAGAGGCUGCGCCUUUGUGACUUACUUGUCCGCUAGCGAUGCCGAACAAGCGCAAGAAGCACUUCACGGAAGACAUUUCUUUCCCGGCGCUCGUAGACCUGCCCAGGUGAAACCAGCGGAGCCUUCGGUCCAAGAAAACAAGUUGUUUAUUGGCAUGCUCUCACGAAGAGCCGGGGAGGACGAAGUUCGCGAACUUUUUGCACCGUUCGGAGAAAUUCGGGAGAUCUAUAUGAUCCGCAACGGUGAUGGGACUAGCAAAUGCGCAGCGUUUUUGAGAUAUGUCGGAAGAGAUGCGGCUGUAAAUGCUAUUGAGGCGCUUCACAACAACCUUGUCAUGGAAGGAGCCGCCAGACCUCUGAUUGUCAAAUUCGCUGAUACCAAACACCAACGCCAUGUACGACAAAUGAGGAGUGUGAGGCGACAUGAGAUGUUUAUUGGAGGACCGGCAGGAGGAUAUCCCGGUCCGUACCCGGGCCAUCACAUGCCCAUGGGUCCGCCUCCCGUGGGAGGUCCACCCCACCAAUACGCCGCGCACAUGGGGGCACCUCCCCACCAAAUGCAACAUUAUGGUGGCCCCUACCCUGGGCCCGGAGCCGGUGGACAAAUGUACAACCCCAUGGGCUAUCCGCCGGCGCCCCAUUACCCAAGUCCCCAUCCGUAUGGGGGAUUCAGCGAAAGACAAGGCCAAGGACCAGACGGAGGACACCAGCACCAGUCCACACACCCACAGCGCAUGAAAGAUGGCAUUCGUGGCAACCCGCGUCACCACAACCAAUCGACUAACCCUCGGCCGCGUGAGGGUCCUGCGGGAGCAAACUUGUUCGUGUAUCACCUGCCACACGAUUUGACAGAUGCCGACCUGGCCACGGCGUUUAAUCCUUUCGGCAACGUCAUUAGUGCCAAAGUUUACGUUGAUCGAUAUACCGGUGAUUCAAAGGGUUUCGGUAAGUUAUCAGUGUCCUGAAAGAAGACCAUUUGGAUCUGUGUUCGAAGAUUCAUGGACUUGAUUGCAGGUGAUCUACCGAUGGGCAAUCGUUCCUCUCUCACGCGUUUUUCUUGACCUUUUUGUUAUUUUCUCCUUGUUGAAUCCAGGCUUUGUUUCGUACGAUUCUGUGAUUUCUGCCGAGUCUGCAAUCGAGCAGAUGAAUGGAUUUCAAAUCGGCAACAAGCGUCUCAAGGUGCAGCACAAACGAGUCCACAACAAUGGUGGUGGCAACAGAGGAGGAGGACAGCACGGUGCAGGCAUCGGCCAUCACGAACAGCAGCAACCAAAACCGCAACAGCAACAACAACAGCCACCACCGCAAGGCAUUCCUCUCGAUACCGCACCAUCCAAUGCCGCGUUGGACAGCGGAAAGCCGGUGCCCGACCCGGCGGAAGGCUCCGCGGCUCCCAGCAGCGGUGGCGAGACUUCGGGAAUUUUGCCGUAGGGGGACGAAACGCACAAGAUCUUCUUUGUACCUGUAUAGCAUUCUG